AUGAACAGUCUGUACCGGCAGACUUUAUUGCUAACACAAUCGCAGUUGGCUCGCAACCCGCUGCCCACGUUGAUGGAGUCGGAGGAUUGGGAACAUCCGCCAACGCCUCCGCCCAAGGACGCCCGCUACGCAGCUGCAGUCGACAUUGCUGCAAUGGAUGGCGAUGCUGGUUCGGCUCCAGCCAGUGGUUCGAAGAGAAAGCGUGCCGCGCACGACUUCGACGAGACCGUCUACGAACGACGCAAUGGCCAACUAGAAGCCGUCAACGGGGACCAAGAUCUGCCGACCGCGCAGAAACGUCCUCGCUCACAUGCCGGCCGCCGUAACAGCAACUACUCCGACGACGAAUUCGCGCCAGCCCAGCGUUUCGAAGGUGGUAGCCUGCGCCGCAAGAGAGCGUUUGGCAAUCUCAGUAACCUGAACCUGCGUCAUGCUGCUGCCAGUGCAUUCCGUGACGAGAGUCCGACACGAGAAUCUCGCUUUCAGGAAGGGAGCCUCAAUGACAGACCUAGCCAGCAGCCGCCCAGCGUGUUCACCCGUAUCAAUCGCACCGACUCCGGUAAUCUACAGCAGGUGGAUACCCUCAUGAACGAUUACCACGAGGAUAUGGUGGCGCCCAAAGAUUCGAGUGAUGCAUACGUCCAAGCCACGAUCGAGUACGAAAAGGCUAGCAUGCCAGCACGCGUGGCCGAAAUCACAGAUGAGAGGAAGAAAGAGGCGAGCAAGCAUGGAAUGUUCAAAUUCGGCAAAUCCUUCACCAACACGUUCCAUCCUGUGCAGCUGUGGAACAGGAUGUGGAGCGAGAGCAAGGAAGAGUUGAUGGUCAGGAACAGGCUCGAGGCAGAGCGCAAGGCACGGGAAAAGGCGGAGAUACAAGCAAGAUACGACCAGAUGAAGAGAGACGGUCUCUUCAACACACAGCAUGUGCCCUUCGCCGGCAGAGGCAGAGCAGGCACCCCACCGGCUCAGGAUUCUGUCAUGGCCGAUGAUGUUUCCGAGGUCGGCAAUCACCAACGCAUCGAUUCGUUUGAGCUACCGCGCUCACAGAGCAGCGACACUCGUGAUGCUCGUGAAGAUCCCGAAGCAGCAGUGCCUACAACAGCCACCAAGGGCCGAUUUUCACGCUUGCACUUCAAGACGCCRUCAAUCUCCAACUUGCGGGACACUUUCAGGAGCGUUCGCAGCGUCCGCUCCCACUCAGCUUUGAGUGGAGCCAUCGAUAGGGACUCAUCCGCCUCCGGCUCUGUGUCUCCUGCCAAGGCCGACCUUUCUACGCUUAAGAAAUCGAUUUCCAGAUAUGACUUGAAGAAGGAGAGGCGUCUUUCGAAUCGUGUGAGUGAUCUUGAAUCGAAGCUGAACAAGGCACGCAUGGAGCUCAAAAAUGCCCUUGAUGAUGCAAGCCCUAUGCCAAGACUCGGCGGCAAGUAUGAGAGAUUCACGCCCAUUGGCACGACGAAGAGAUCCAGAUUUGUUCCGGGCGCCUUGGCCACUUUGCCUAGUGAGCGGCUGCUGUUCCCAGAAAUGUCUACUUUGCAAGCCAGCAGCGAGGAGCAGGGCAGGGACCUUGCCAUUGAGGCCCGGCCAAGAAAUACUUUGGCACUCAACAGUGGUAUGGACAUGAGCGAGGCUUUCGAGAAUGUCUAUGAUGGGGAUAAGCAGGAUGGGAGGACUGUGCCAGUCCGAAAUAAGAAGGAGCUGACCGAAGCUGCAAUCGAAGUUCCCCAACCGGGCGAGGUGGCCACCCAAGAUAUCGAAGUUGAAGUUGAGACUGUGACAGUCACUUCCAACCCUCACAAUGAGGCAACUAUUGCCAAUCAACCGGCAACCGCUGCCCUCAACGAUAAGUUGAGCGCUCUCGAGGCCUCGUACAAGGCCAGUAAGCCUGGAAGGUCGAAGAAACGCCGAUCUGGGGCCGCCGAUGAAAAAUCAUACCGUCCGGAUGCUGACGAGGAAGAGACAUCGGAAGAGGAUCUGGUUCCUCAGAAGAAGCGCAAAUCGGAUGGGAAGUCCGCAGGCGCCGGCAAGAAGAAGCUGCCAGGCAGUAAGUCCGGGAAGAAAACUGGCAUCCCAGCCCCUGUUGCCGAUGCAAAGGGCAAGAAAGGAAGAAAGACCUCCAAGGCUGCCGACAAAUUCUUCACAAAUGGAGGCCUGAUCACCGAUGAUGGCGACAGUCACGACGAGCUCGCGUCCGCCGCACCCGCUGGCGCCGAUUCCGAUGUACCAUCUCUGGAGCCGGUGUACGAGGAGGAAGAAGAGACUACGACUGUGCCGCUCAAGGACGAGCCCAGCAAACCAACUGCCAAGUCUACGCCCGCACGCUACGCAACUGAUACGGCUCGACCACACUCGAGCAGCCCGCACAAGACACGUAGCGAUUCUUUGCUACCUCCGGUAGUUGGUGCGGUUGUGCGGUCGUCAGCCCGGAGUCCGCCUCCCAAGGGCCGUCGGGUGGAGUCAGCAGAUGCCCCCGUCAGCGCCGUGCCCGGCGAGAAUGGUGUCCCGAGCAUGCCCGUUGGUGACAAUACGUGGACUUGGCCCGCGGAUGUCUUUUAG